GGCGGGGCGGGGCCCGGUCGCGGGUGCGCGCGGAGCCGGCGGAGGGCCUCUCAGCGCCGCGUUGGCGCGCACGCGCCUGAGCGCGCGCCCGGUGGGGCCGGCCGGGACUCGCCGCUCGCACGCCCUUGGGCCGCGGCUGGGCGCCAGUCCUCCCUUCCGUUAACGCUGUCGGCCGAGCCGACGUAUGUGCGGCAAUAUCAUGUCUGCUCCGCUACCUGCCAUCGUGCCUGCCGCCCGAAAGGCCACUGCUGCGGUGAUUUUUCUUCAUGGAUUGGGGGAUACCGGGCAUGGAUGGGCAGAAGCCUUUGGCGGUAUCAGAAGCUCACAUAUCAAAUAUAUCUGCCCGCAUGCGCCAGUUAUGCCUGUUACAUUGAAUAUGAACAUGGCUAUGCCUUCUUGGUUUGAUAUUAUUGGGCUGUCACCAGAGUCACUGGAGGAUGAACCUGGAAUUAAAAUUGCAGCAGAAAGUAUAAAGGCUUUGAUAGACGAGGAGGUGAAGAAUGGCAUUCCUUCUAACAGAAUUAUUUUGGGAGGAUUUUCUCAGGGUGGAGCUUUAUCUUUGUACACUGCUCUCACCACCCAGCAGAAACUGGCAGGCGUCACUGCACUCAGUUGCUGGCUUCCACUUCGGUCUUCGUUUCAGGGUCCUAUCAGUGGCGCUAACACGGAUAUUUCUAUUCUUCAGUGCCAUGGAGAUUGUGACCCUUUGGUUCCCCUGAGGUUUGGUUCUCUUACUUCUGAAAAACUAAAAACAUUGGUCAAUCCAGCCAAUGUAACCUUUAAAACCUAUGAAGGUAUGAUGCACAAUUCAUGUCAGCAGGAAAUGAUGGAUGUCAAGCUAUUUAUUGAUAAACUCCUACCUCCAAUUGAUUGAUGUCACUAAGAGGCCUUGGUAGAAGUACACCAGCAUCACUGUAGUAGAGUGUAAACUUUUUCCUGUGCCCAAUCUUCAAACUUCUGAUGUUUGCAGUGUUAAAAUGUUUCGCAAAUACAUGCCAAUGACACAGACUCAAUAAUGUCUCCUCGUAGGAAAUUUAUGAUCUUUUAAAUUUCUAUAUAUGUAUUCUUAUAAUCUGAUUCAGAAAAUUAGUAGUGUUAAAAUAGGUGAAGCAGCUAGCUUCUAUUUUCUCAAAUGUAAUUCACCAAAAUAAUAAAAUAAUGCAACCAGACUUUUUAUUACAUCAUUUGAAAAUUACUAGGAUGCUUAAGUGCAGUGGUUCUACCUGUAAUCCUAGAAUUUUAGGAGGUGGGGGUGGGAAAAAAAAAAAAAGAAAAUUACUAGGAUGCUUAAUGAAAAUUUGUUCAGGUAUAAAUGAGCAUUUAAGAUAUAAAUGAUUUACGCAUGCUGUGACUUAAGUCUGUGGAUUUAUUCCAAAAUUGCUUAGUCACCAUGCAGUGUCUGUAUUUUUGUAUGUGUGUUCAUGUAUGCGUAAUGAUUGUAAUACAUGCUAAGAAGGAGGUGGUAUCACAUUAUUCCUAAUAAUAGGGAUAAUGCUUUUUAGUGUCAGUAUAGAGUACUAUUGCGCUCUUCAGUUAAUGGCCCUUUUAUUUUGGGACCAGGCUUUUCCUUUUCUUGAUACCAUUUUUACUUAAUAUUCUUUUCUUCUCUCAAUCAAAAAAAAAAAAAUGGUUUUUCCUUCUUUAUUGUCCUUCAUAGAAGGCCACUUACUGUCUCCCUGCCAUAGACAGCUCCUGUCAGUGUGUGCUGUAAUCUGACAUUCUGAGUCAUGGACAUAAGGUAUUAAAAUCUAUACUUCAUAAACCAAGCAGAUGUUACUUAAAACUUUCUGUACUACUUGUUUCAAAUAGCUAUACCUUAGUCCAAAUUUAAACCUACUUAGUUAAUAGACGAUUCAAUCCAGAUAACAGGAAUAACUCUGUGGUUUAAUUUUUCUGUAAGCAACUGAAAGAAUAAUUAGAUCAUAUUCUAGUAUGUUCUGCAGUAUUUACUGAUCUUAAAAACCAGUUUCUAAGAUGAUUUGGUCUCCUUGUAGCACAGAAUUUAAGUUUACUUAUUUUGUAUAUACGUUUGAAACCAACUACUGUAAAAAAUGAACAAUCCAUUAAAAAAUUUUGCUUUAUUUUUAUCACAUUAUUCUGUUAAGCCAAUGGACUUAACAGGAAAUUUUCACUUUAGUCAGUGAUACUUCUUUUAAAAUUAAUUUUUGUGUGAAUAUAAAAAUAGCAAUCAUUUGAUUUUAAAUAGUCAAAAUUUCUAGGUUACUGGCAAAAAUUAUUUGAGAACAAAUUUGUGGGUAAAACAGGUCAGAACCCAUACAUAUGAUAUAAUUACAUACAUUGUAAUAUGUAGCAAAAAUGUGUGCUCAAUAUUUCUGAAGUGUUAAUUUUUCUGCUGUAUUCUAAUUGACCAAAACAAUGUCAAGAAUGCAUCUUUAUAAAUGGGUGCUACUCAAUAAUGGACAUAAUUUAGUCAUGGACUAUAUAGGAUGUUAAUAAUGAAGCCAUAUGUUUAUGUCUACAUUUAAAAAUUUUAAACAAUCAUUUUAUUAAGUCAUUUUGCUUUACCUUGAAGAACAUAAACUGUUGUUUCAGUUACACAGAUUAUCAAGAUCUUAUUUAUGACAAGAAAUAUUCCGUUGAAAUGUUAUGCUGUAACGUGGAAAAAUGUAAUGUUUUUCACGGUUUCUAUCAAUGUGAAAUAAAACUUCAUUCUGA